AUGGAGCGGCUCAUCCUCACCCAUCUCCGCUCCGUGGUCAGCCCCACCCUGGACCCGCUGCAGUUCGCCUACAGACCCAACAUCGGAGUAGAGGACGCCGUCAUCUACUUCCUGCAGCGGACGCUCUCCCACCUGGAGCCCGCCGGGGGCGCUUUUGACAGGUGGGGGCGGGACUUCCUGUCUGAGAUCCGGAAGUUGUCGUGUUACUUGCCUGUUACUAACCCUGCUUCUGUUUGUUUCGGGGCUGAAACACAAGUUAAACCUUCCUCUCCCUGCGCGGGCACUUCCCCCGCAGCGGCACGAACGCAGACGGUCCACUCGGUCCCGGUCUGUGGCCUGUCACCGGGAGGAGGACCCGACCCAUGUAGUAGCACCGGUCCCUCCCACACCUGUGUCUCUCGGCGGUGA